UAAGUCAUUAUAUCCUCCACAAUUCCACAGCCACCAAGAGUGAGGUCGAUGAGCAUCGAGUUUGAUAAUUUCAGACUAGCAGAGACCUUCCAGCGAAUUGAGCUACUUCGUAUAGAACUGCUGAGAAGUGUCAGUUCGAUCGACAAGAAUCGCAUGUCUUGCUGGGGUUGAGCGUGCGACCGAAGAACGACCAGAACAUCAACGACAUCGACCAUGCCACCUCCCAACGUGGAAGGCGUCGAGUACUACGACAUUCCCGAUUUCUCCUUCUCCAAUGGAAGUACUCUGCACGAUGUCCGUGUAGCCUACCGAAGUUACAAUGCUUCAUCGACAGCGGGCGUCGUGCUUAUCCCCACAUGCUAUGCCGGCUUCAUCAACACGACCUUGAGCUUCACCAGUGCUCCAUAUGACGCCCUGGCGCCGUACCAUGUGGUCGUCGUCGCCAUGCUGGGCAACGGCGAGAGCUCCUCCCCAUCCAACAAGAAGUUUUUCCCACUACCAGGCGAGUUACGCUAUCAAGACGUCAUACACGCCCAGCACCAACUGCUGACGACCCACCUGAAGGUGUCCGAACUCGAAGCCGUCGUUGGCUUCAGCAUGGGCGGCCAGCAAGCUUACCACUGGGCAUCCAUGUAUCCAGACUUUGUAAAGCGCAGCGUGGCCAUCUGCUCGUCCGCCCGGACAAGCUUGCACAACUAUGCCUUCCUCGAAGGGCCCAUAGCCGGGUUGAUCAACUCCAUCGACUACAUUGCGUGGCAGGCCAUGAAGGACAAACUGGCUCGCGGCGAGGAUGUGGGGGCAAAGUUGAAAGAGCUUACUCCCAAGCAUGGUUUACGGGCUUUCGCACGCGGUUAUGCGGCUUGGUUGACUAGCACGGGCUGGUUCCGCAAUCGCGAAUUCAAGAAUGCCGGAAUGCUCAGCUCGGAGACCAUAGAGGAGUGGAUGAAGAAGAGGGAGGAAGGAUAUAUGGCGUGGGAUGCGGAUGACUUGCUCGUCCUCGCGCGCAUGUGGCAGAUGGGCGAUAUCGGCUUGGUGAUCCCCGGCCAGUCCGAGGUGAAAUUGAGCCAGCUUGGUGGUGAUGUCCCAGACGAUGACUUAUAUGUCAAGGCACUGGGAAGCAUCAAAGCUAAAAUGUUGGUCAUGCCAUGUCGGACGGAUCAGUACUUCCCGCCCGAGGAUUCCGAGAUCGAAAUGAAGCAUCUGAAACAUGGGACACUGGCAGUCAUCGAGUCCACUUGGGGUCAUACUGCUGGUGGUGGUGCCAAUCCUAAAGAUAUCGAGUUCAUGAACAGUCGCAUCGCUGAGUUCAUCAAAGCAUGAGCAGCAUCUCGGUAGGAACAAGACAAUGAAUUCAUGUAAGAACCUUUCAAGUCCAAAAAGUAUAUAU